CCUCCGCAGUCAAAGAUUGAACAACAACGGUCAAGAAUGACGAAUGAAUAUUGAUCAUCAAGGUCCCAGAAUUCAAAGGACAAGAAACCAAGUCUGACUUUGUCACUAGAAUACUUUCAAAGAGCUCAAUAAGAAACCAACCCACCACAGAUUUGGCCUCAGGAGAACCAAGGAAAUCGUUCUGAUAAGUUGGGGAUUCAUGGAGGGAGUGAAGCUGCUCGGAACUUGGCCUAGUCCCUUCAGUUACAGAGUCAUAUGGGCUCUCAAGCUUAAGGGAGUGAAGUUCGAGUACGUGGAGGAAGAUCUCCUCAACAAGAGCGACGAAUUGUUGCGGUGCAAUCCGGUUCACAAGAAGAUCCCUGUGCUCAUCCACGGGGGGAGACCGGUUGCAGAGUCCGCUGUGAUACUGGAGUACAUCGAAGAGAGCUGGCCACAAAACCCUCUGCUUCCUCAGGAUCCUUACGAGAAGGCCGUGGCCCGGUUCUGGAUCAAAUUCAAUGAGGACAAGAUCCCGGUUUUCGUCAGAUUCUGUCGCGGCAGAAGGGAGCAACAGGAGGAGGCAACAAGAGAAGCCAAGGAAGUCCUGAAAACCAUUGAAGAACAUGCUCUUAAAGAGGAAGACAAGUUCUUUGCAGGGGACAAAAUUGGCUUGCAAGAUCUGGUCUUUGGAUGGUUAGCUUGGUUGCUUCAAGCCAUGGAAGAAGUAGUCGGCGUGAAAUUAUUGGAAGCCAGCGAAUAUCCUCGCCUGCACAGAUGGGCGCAGAGUUUCAGAGCGCAUGAUGUGAUCGGAAGCAACCUUCCUGAGCACGAUGCUACGGUUGCCUACUACAAGCGCGUCAGGGAGACCUUCAUCGCGUCUUCUACAUCAGCAGUGUAGACACGUGGACCGAGUCUGGAUGACAAUUUUUCACUUUCCCUGAGCAAGUUCUGCAAAUAAAUUUCCAGAGUCCCUGUGUGGAUUAACCUUAAGUGUAGUGAUGGUCCUCAAAUGUGAAUGUACGUGCUAUUUGAAUAAAGUGUCAGGUUGGUAUGUCGAAAACUUGAUAGACUGGAAGAUAAUGGAAUAAACAGAGGAAUUUGCAUAUUUGUCGCUCUUGAUGAGAUCCAUCAUCCAUGUAUCAUGUGCUUUCCAUAUCGAUUUGCGCUUAAUCCUUCUUGUUCACUAAUCCUUGAUGCUCUUUCUAAAGAAAGCUACGCAAUUAGUAACUCUCAGGGUCCACAUAAGCAAGAAAACUCCUGAAUGGCCUUGAAUAUUGAGGAUCUGCU